CGUCGGUAUGUUCACGCGCGCCGAGCUGCUGGAGGCCAGCGUGGAGCUUCGUCAUCACGCCCUCGGCUGCGUCAAGUCCACGGCCCUCCGGUGCGCUGUCAAGCUCGGCGUCGCCAACGCCAUCCAGCGCCGUGGCGGCAGGGCCUCCGUCGAGGACCUGCUCACCGAGCUCUCUCUGGACGCGAGCAGACUCCGCUGCCUGCACAGCGUCAUGCGCGCGCUCGCCGCGUUGGGCGUCUUCAAGGAGGGGAGCGACGGCGAGUACGGCCUCACUGCCAUUUCCUCGCUGCUCGUGGACGACGACAGCAGCGUCCGAGGUAGCCUCCGGCCGAUCACGCUCUUGUACCUGGAGCCUGCAUUCGUGGCGCCAGUGCUCAACCUGGCAGAUUGGGCCCUUGCUGGUGUCGAUGGUAGCGACGACGACAACAACUGCAGUGCUCGAGGAACGGCGUUCAAGAUGACGCACGGCGAGGACGUCUGGGAUGUCCUCGCGCGCGACGCCUUUCUGGGCGACUUCUUCAACGGCGCGCUCGCGUCAGAGACUCGGUUCCUCAUGGACAUAGCCAUCCGCGGAUCCCCCCAGGUGUUCGAGGGAAUAGCAUCGCUAGUGGACGCCGGCGGUGGCACCGGCGCAGCAGCCCAAGCGGUGGCUGCAGCAUUCCCGGACACCCGGUGCACGGUGCUGGAGCUUCCGCAGGUGGUAGACGCUGCUCCGAUUGAUGGGCCGGUUCGCUUUGUCGGAGGUGACAUGACGAAGUUCAUCCCUCCUGCUGAUGCCGUUCUUCUAAAGAAUGUGCUGCAUGACUGGAGUGACAAGGAUUGCGUGAUCAUCCUAAAGCGAUGCAAGGAGGCGAUUGCCGCCAGUGGAAAAGUGAUCGUCAUAGAUAUUGUACUUGGGUCAUCUUCCCUUGCAAUUUGCAACGAGACCCAGCUCUGGCUUGAUCUUUUCAUGUCCACGGUAACGACGGGCAAGGAGCGGAGGGAGGAAGAAUGGUAUCGGCUAUUCAAGGAAGCUGGAUUCAGUGCGUACAAGAUCAGCCCAGUUCUAGGGCUUCUCUCGAUCAUUGAGGUUUUUCUGUAGCCACCCUGUUCAUCUGGGAGACUGGGACUGGGGCUGCUCAUCACAUUUUACGGCAUUGUACGUCUGUUUUGUACCAAACCUUCUUCUAAUUAGAUUCCCUCGCGUGUAGCGCUCCUACGGACUACAGUGUAGUAUGCUUCGUCCAUGAAACCAAUGUGUAUUGAAAACAUCCUACAAACUACCUUUCUAAUAGCAAGUUUAAUAAUAUAGCCACCAGCAGGCGGUAAGAAAUCCUUGCAACCUACUUUUUAGCUUAUAUGCAUAAUGGUUAGUUCUUCAUUAUUAAUGUAUGACCCACUUAUCUCUCUUACAAU